UCGUGGUCCGACUCUGAGUAACUGGCGCUGCUUCCUUGGGAGCCAACGUUCUAGCUUAGUCCAUGAGGUUGGCGCCUCAAAUCUCAAUGGUCUAAUCCCUUCCCUUCCGCUCUAAGAUUGAGUAGGUUUCUGAAAUCCUUGAUCGGAGAUUCUGCAAAUAUUCUGAACUGAAGUGCUGAACGAAAGAGCUAACAGCGUUUAGCAUUUGAGCUCCCAAAUGAAUACAAUAUUCAAGGUUCAAACUUUUCCUUGCUCGUUGGCCAGGCCCAAUGUCGAAGGCUAUUCUUUCCCGAAUCAAACCCCGCCGUCACAACGCAAGAACGACUUCGUUCAACCCUACUGCCUUCACGCCUCGUAUCAAGAAGCUUGUUUUCGACACCGUCGACAUCCUUAGAACCCACAAGGAGUGGGAGGACUCCCUCGAAACCCACUUCGCAGAAUCCGGAAUACUUGUUUCCGAUGUUGCGCAUUUCGUUUUAGAUCGAGUACACAACGCAGAACUGGGUUUGAAGUUCUUUGAUUGGGCUAGCAGAAGACCGUACUCUUGUUCUCUCGACGGGGCAACAUAUUCUUCGCUUCUGAAACUUUUGGCGAAGUUUAGAUUGUUUUCAGAAUUGAUGGCGUUGAAGAACAUGAAAAUAGAAAAUAUAAAGCCCACCCCCGAAGCAUUGAGUUUUAUUAUUUGGGCGUACGGUGAUUCUGGGUUGGCUGAUAGGGCUCUCGAGUUAUUUCAUACGAUGCGUCAAAUACAUAAUUGUUAUCCUAAUACUGUGGCUUGUCAUUCAUUGCUUCAAGUUCUAGUGAAACAUCGGAAAGUAGAGAUUGCACGUCAAUUGUAUGAUGAAAUGUCUGAAAGAGAUGAUGGGGAAGGUACCGUUGUGGAUAACUAUAGUACCUCUAUCGUGGCGAAGGGUCUGUGCAAUGAAGGAAAGGUUGAGGAAGGUCGGAAAUUGAUUGCAGACAGGUGGGGAAAAGGUUGUGUGCCAAAUAUUGUAUUUUACAAUACAAUCAUUGAUGGUUAUUGCAAGAAUGGUGAUCUUAAUGGUGCAAAUAGAGUUUUCAAGGAAUUGAAAUUGAAGGGAUUUUUGCCCACAUUAGAAACUUAUGGGGCUAUGAUUUAUGGAUUCUGUAAGUCUGGGGAAUUUGAUGCAGUUGAUCAACUUCUGACAGAAAUGACUGAAAGGGGAUUGAAAGUGAAUGUACAAGUGUAUAAUGAGAUUAUUGAUGCUAAAUACAAACAUGGUUUAGUAGAUGAAGCAGUUGACACAGCGAGGAGGAUGAUUGAGAAUGGAUGUAAACCAGAUAUUACAACUUACAAUACUCUGAUAAAUUGUUCAUGCAGGAGUGGAAGAAUUAAGGAAGCUGGUGAACUCCUUGAUCAGGCAAAAAGGAGGGGAUUGGUGCCUAAUAAGUUUAGUUAUACUCCCCUCUUGCACGCUUAUUGCAGGCAAGGGGAUUAUGUUAAGGCAUCAAAUAUGCUUAUUAAGAUUGCUGAAACAGGAGAUCAGCCUGAUUUGGUUUCUUAUGGAGCUUUUAUCCAUGGAGCUGUUGUUGCAGGGGAAAUUGAUGGUGCCUUGAUGAUCCGAGAGAGGAUGCUGGAAAAGGGAGUAUUCCCUGAUGCUCAAAUCUACAAUGUUCUGAUGAGCGGCCUUAAGAAAGGGAGGUUUCCUGCUGCCAAACUGCUAUUAGCAGAAAUGCUUGAACAAAAUGUUCAACCUGAUGCAUACAUUUAUGCCACUUUGGUGGAUGGGUUUAUUAGAAAUGGUGAACUUGAUGAGGCAAAAAAUAUUUUUGAACUCGCAAUUGACAAGGGUGUGAACCUUGGAACUGUCGGGUAUAAUGCCAUGAUUAAGGGUUUCUGUAAACUUGGAAAGAUCACAGAUGCUCUAUCAUGCAUCAAUAGGAUGAGAAAGGCAGGUCAUGUUCCAGAUGAAUAUACUUACUCAACAGUUAUCGAUGGAUAUGUGAAGCAUCAAGAUUUGGAUAGUGCACUCAAGAUGUUUGGUGUGAUGCUGAAACAGAAAUGUAAGAUCAAUGUGGUCAUUUACACCACUUUAAUCAACGGAUUCUGCAAGAAGGCAGAUUUGAGCAGAGCUGAAAAGGCUUUCAGGGGGAUGAGCUCUUUUAAUUUAGAGCCUAAUGUGGUCACAUACACCAUGCUAAUUGGGGGUUUUUGUAAGGAUGGUAAACUUGCAACAGCAACAUCCUAUUUUGAGCUAAUGCUGUUGAACAGGUGUCUUCCUAGUGAUGUCACAGUGCAUUAUCUGAUAAAUGGUUUAACAAAUAAUACACUUAGUGCUAGUGUUAAUGAAGAAAAUGAGUCUAAUGAUAAUGGUAAGUCCUUGAUUUUGCACUUCUUUGCAAGGAUGAUUUCAGAUGGAUGGAACCGAAUCGCUGCUGCUUAUAAUUCUAUAAUUAUUUGUCUUUGUAAACAUGGAAUGGUUGAUACUGCUCUGUCAUUGCAAACCAAGAUUCUGACUAAGGGUUUCCUUUUCAAUUCUGUAAUUUUUGCUGCUUUACUGCAUGGCUUAUGCAUACAAGGUAGGUCAAAAGAAUGGAGGGGUAUUAUAUCCUGUGAUCUAGAAAAGAUUGAUCUCGAAACAGCUGUUGAGUAUUCUCUGGCAUUGGACAAAUUUCUAUGCCAAAGGGUUUCAGAGGCUUCAUAUAUUUUGCAGGCGUUGGUUGAAGACUCUAAGUUUUCUGAUCAACAAAGUCAAUACAUCUCAAGGUUAUAGUGUCAUAUGGAGAGGAAAUUCCAUGAACUAAAGAAACUAAUCUCCUUGGCAGAGCCAUAUACAUGGAUAUAUUUGAUAAGGUUUCCGUUUUGCUUCAGGAAAUCGAGAUCUUGAUAUACUUAAUGAUAGUACUCUCAGAGAGAUUGUGCCAAUUAUCUUAGUUGCUAAACCUUUGACGAACAUACCUUCGAUGAACUGACAGGCUUUUGACAUCGUUUGUUCUCCGAAAGUUCAAAACAUGAGGACGGCUUCCAACAACAAAGAAACCUGAAAUCUGUUGUCUUAUGCAGAUAAUCACCACUACCGUAAUAUGAUUAUGUCAUGAAAAUUUGUUGGUUAAAAGGAUCCGGAAGAUCGUAUGUGCUUAAAUGUCCACUUCCAUUUUUGGUGUCCCUUCGUCAAUGCAACAAGUUGCAUCCCUCAAGCUAAUUUGGGAAUGCAUUUCCUUUGUCAGGUUUGCCACUGAAGUUGAUGUUUUCUUUGGUGGGGUCAAUAUCAAGGUUCACAAAGAACUGCUGAAAAAUGAACCACAUUCUUGUCGAUGGAACACCGUGGAGGAUAUUAGCUCUGGCUACAGAUGAGGACAUUGGAUUAAAGAAUGUGAGACAUUUUAUUCUUGAUUGGGAUGAAAAGAUGCUUGCAUCAUAAUUUGGCUUGAGAACUGAGGAGAGAUGUGAAUGAAAUUUUUGGGUUCGUGAUAGCAAUUGAGGAUGCUUUCAGCUACACUCGCUGAAGAAAUCCACCCUGCUGAGCUGUUAAGCAAUUAAUUCCAAAUCCAACCUGUUCAGCUACACUCUGAUCAAU